AUGGCCGAGGUCGUUAAUGGAGUGAACCAGCUCUCGGUUGACGAGAAAGCGAAGAACAAACCUCAAGCUGCUCCAAAAAAAGAGAAUAAGAAGACCAAGCAGCCUCAGAAACCUUUAAUUUUGGACCCACCACCAGCUUUCUUGGAUUAUAGAAUUAAGAUCUUCGAUGAGAUUAAGGCAAAGCAUGAUGCUGAAUUUGCUGCUCAGGAGAGAAAGCCCAUUAAGAUCACAUUGAAGGAUGGGUCUGUCAAGGAAGGCACUGCCUUUGAGACAAGUCCUUUCGAUAUCGCCAAUGGCAUUGGUAAGUCGUUCCUCGAAAGACAAGUUAUCUCCAAGGUAAACGGUGAGUUAUGGGACUUGGAGAGACCACUCGAAGGCGACGCUCAAUUGGAAUUCUUGGACUUCGAUCAUCCUGAGGGUAAGAUGGUUUUUUGGCAUUCCUCCGCCCACGUAUUGGGUGAAGCCUGCGAGAACCACUACGGUUGUCACUUGUCUUACGGUCCACCAACUGAAGAUGGCUUCUUCUACGACAUGUCUAUCAACGGAGGCGAAGGUGUCGUGUCCCAGGAAGACUUCGGCAACAUCGAAAAGGUUUCCACUAAGGUCAUCAAGGAAAAGCAAAAAUUCAUCAGACUCGAGAUGACCAAGGAAGAAUUGUUGGAAAUGUUCAAGUAUAACAAAUACAAGGUCAAGUUUAUCAGCGAUAAGGUUCCAGAUGGAACUUCUACCACCGUGUACAGAUGUGGUCCUUUGAUCGAUUUGUGUAGAGGUCCUCACAUCUUGCACACUGGUAAAAUCAAGGCCUUCAAGGUGUUGAAAAACUCUUCCUCAUACUUUUUGGGUGAUGCGAACAAUGACUCUUUGCAAAGAGUUUACGGUAUUUCGUUUCCUGACAAGAAGCUCAUGGACGAGCACUUGAAAUUCCUUAAAGAAGCCAGUGAGAGGGACCACAGAAAGAUCGGAAAGGAACAGGAGUUGUUCUAUUUCAACGAGGUUUCUCCAGGCUCUGCUUUUUGGUUGCCUCAUGGUACCAGAAUAUACAACACCCUCGUCGACUUGAUUAGAAGCGAAUACAGACAGAGAGGUUAUGAAGAAGUCAUCACUCCAAACAUGUACAACACCAAGUUGUGGGAGACAUCUGGUCACUGGGCUAACUAUAAAGACAAUAUGUUUUCUUUCGAGGUUGAGAAAGAAACUUUUGGCUUGAAACCUAUGAAUUGUCCAGGCCACUGCGUCAUCUUCAAGAGUCGUGAGAGAUCCUACAGAGAACUCCCAUGGCGUGUCGCUGACUUUGGUGUGAUUCACAGAAAUGAGUUCUCUGGAGCUCUUUCUGGUUUAACCCGAGUUCGUCGAUUUCAGCAGGACGAUGCUCACAUUUUCUGUCAGCAAGACCAAAUAGAGCAAGAAAUUGCCGGUGUUUUUGACUUCUUGCAGAGAAUUUACGGUAUUUUUGGUUUUGAGUUCAAGAUGGAGUUGUCCACUAGACCGGAGAAGUAUGUCGGUGACUUGAAAACUUGGGAUGCCGCCGAGAAGAACUUGGAGAAUGCUUUGAACAAGUUCAUGGGUGAAGGAAAUUGGGAAUUGAAUCCAGCUGAUGGUGCUUUCUACGGGCCAAAAAUUGAUAUCAAGAUUAGUGAUGCUUUGAAGAGAUGGUUCCAGUGUGCUACCAUCCAGUUGGAUUUCCAAAUGCCUCAGCGUUUCGACUUGGAGUACAAGGCUGAUUCCAACGAAAAGGAGAACUCCACUGCCAGGCCAGUAAUGAUUCACAGAGCCAUUUUGGGUUCAGUGGAAAGAAUGACUGCUAUCUUGACCGAGCAUUUCAAGGGUAAAUGGCCCUUCUGGUUGUCCCCAAGACAAGUCUUGGUUGUCCCAGUUGGUGUGAAAUACUUUGACUAUGCAGAGUCCUUGAAGGAGAAAUUGGUCAAGCAAUAUGGAUUUUAUGCUGAUGUCGAUCUUUCUGGUAAUACCUUGCAGAAGAAGGUUAGAAGCGGACAGUUGUUGAAGUAUAACUUCAUCUUCAUCGUGGGUGAGCAAGAGCACGCCGAAGAGAGUGUGAAUGUCAGAAACAGGGAUAUUCAAGAAGAGCAGGGUAAGAAUGCAACAGUAAAGUUUGACGAGGUUGUCAAGCAGUUGAUCAGGUUGAAGGAAGAGUACAGAGCUGACAACAAGUUGAUAUAA